AUGAAGCCCUUCUCAUCCAUAUUUCAAGGUUUCUGGACGCAAAGCAACGGCUUUCGGCCUCCUGACAUUCUGAGCCGGCAGGCUACAAGAGGAGAUUUCUCUUUGCAAUCCGUACUUCGCACUGAGCACGGAGCUGAGCCACAAUACAGCACACAGUACGCUAUGGACGACGACCCUAUCGACAACGGGUUGAUUAACUUUCACGAUGCUACCUCCCUGUUCGAUGGCUUCAUGAAGUAUUUCAACCCUUUCAUCAGCCAAUUGGACUGCUACCUACACACGCUUGGAUACGUCCGGGAGACGUCGCGGCUCCUCUUGACCGCUGUUCUAGCAGCAGCGGCAAAGCUAUUGCACCCUUCAUUGUACAUCGUUCUGCUCAAUCAUGCUAAAAGAUCGACGGAGACUAUACACGCAAUUCUCAUACUGACAUAUUGGAAGAAGCCCGACGACAACCUUGCAUGGCUCUCUGUAGGCCUUGCUAUCAGGAUGGCCAUUGAGCUCGGUUGGCACCAACUUGGUACCGCUGAGAUGAAACCCCGGAGAACACGUGCGACCAUCAGCAUAAGUAUGCAAACAGGCAAACCCUGGAUGAUCAAGAGGAGCAGCUAUGUGAAGGUAGUGAGCGACGGACACUCACAUGCUCUUGAUUUUACCAACAACCGGCUGCUCAGCGCAUCUUUUUCGCUCCGCUUCAUCACCUCCACCCACUUUGAGAUGAUGACGGCACAGUAUGUUCAACAUCAACGUCACGAACCCGCGCAGUUUCGGUCCUUGCUACCCGAGACGGUUACUGGUCAUGGUGAGGACUGUCAUGCUUUCUUGAUACCGUUCUAUGGCAGCUACGCACGGCUGCUCUUAUUCGCAUCCCCACUACGCGCAUCGAUGCGACUAAGGGAUAUGGAAACUUCAGUUGACAUAGAAGCGAUUUGGAACAGCUGUUCGAGCGCGCUGGACAUUCUCAAGCUCGUAUCUGAACCUUUGGCCUCUCAGCUAGUGUACUUUGCGCAAGACUCUGUUCAUGUCAUGAUUGCUUAUGCAACAGUAUUCCUAAUCAAGCUCCUUGUUUCAGCACCAGCCUACAUUUCAAAUGAGAUGGAAUCGCGAGCCUUGGAAAGCAUCAGCAACAACACAGCGAAUGUUCUCGCCGCUUUUCGAGCGCCAAGCUAUACGAGCUGUUCCCUGCAAGCUGUAUUCUUGCAUAAUGUUCUCGCUGAGUACGCAUCGAUCAAAGAGCAUCGUACACCACUACAUCCAGAUGUGCCUACCACAGUCACGGACCACACAAUCCUGCGGAAUCUGUUCAAUCUUACGCAAUAUUCACCACCAGCCGACGCCAUCUUGGCAUACGACGAUCAGAACGUCGGAAACUUCUCGUCACAAGGCCCGCCAACGUUGGAUCUAGACUUCAUGAAUGAUCAAGUGUGGGCUCUCAUAUUUCCCAAUGCUGGCUUCAACAUCGAUCAAGGAGCAUUUAUGUAACCGAGUUGAGGCUAAAUGAGCGACUCCGGCUACGGAGUGCUGAGAAAGCUGAGGUGGCGCACAUCGAUGACAGCUAGGUCUACCUAUAGUACGACAUCUACUUUCCAUCUCCGUCAUACAUCCAAUCGAGGUGGAGACUAUGCGACUUCUGCGGAUAUCAUUUUGUCUACCAAUCGUUGCUGAGGAUUAUCUCGUACUUCCAGUUGACCAUUCCCGUCACGGGGCGAAGCUCAUUUUGCUUGCCACUGAUAUCCAUGCCCUCGCGCAUAAUCUGUUGGUAGGAACUCCCCAAGAUUAGGGCUACUGCGACUAAAGGCGAC